CAAGUUCUGUGACUCCCUCCCUCUCCCUCGCCCUCACAAGAUGUCGGUGCAGAUAGAAAAAAAGGCGCUAUGAGUGUUCUGCCCUCCCGCGCGGCUGGAAAAGAGAGGAAGUGCUGAGGAAAACUGGGCUGACUUGCGGUAAAGUAGCUGUGUAUUAUUACAGCCCCAAUGGCAAGAAGUUCCGAAGCAAGCCCCAGUUGACCCGCUACCUCAGUGACACUGUUGACCUUUCCUCCUUCGAUUUUCGGACUGGGAAGGUCAACCCAAUGCUGGCGAGGAAGAACAAGAAGCCCCGUGGUACCCUCUUUGAUUACAGUGAGAGAUGGGGAGGAGGAUUUAAAAGGACAUGUUUGCAGUGCGCUGUCAGCCCUCACCUGCGCCGCCUCCCCCAGUGAGCGGGUGUAGGCCUGGGAAUAGAACAUAUGCAGACGUCUGGGCAGUGCUGUGUAUGUCUGUCUGUCGAUGGUCAAGAAGGAACGUAGCAAAAGUUUAAGAUCAAGGGAGCCGCCGCCAGCUGAGACGAGAGUAAACAAUAAUACCGCCUCGUCUUCCCUGCCCCACCGCCCCUCACUGUCCCGUCCGCUCCGCCCCGCCCACCCCGCCGUCACCAUGGAGUGCAGGAAGAGGCAGAAAUUCCGGGCUGCCUUCAACAAAAAGUUUCCCAAGGCAGUGAAGCCCGUGAAGGUGAAGGACAGCGCCAUCCUGUGGACCAUGCUGGCUCUGGCACGUCUCUACCUGGCCACCGUGCAGACCGGUUACAUCCACCCUGAUGAGUUCCACCAGUCCGUCCAGGUCAUGGCUAGGGACAUACUGAACAUUGAUGCCCGCAAGCCUUGGGAAUUUCACUCCGAGAAUCCCAUUAGGUCCGUCACUUUCUCUGCUGUGGUCUCUCUGCCUUACUUAGUCCUGAAGUACCUGGCACCUGUGGUGUCCUACUGCUUUGGGUAUGACCUGCUCACCCCAAGUGUCCUGCUGGUCACUCCUCGAGCGUUCAUGACCUUCCUGUCCUUCAUUGCUGACUACAGCAUGUACAGGAUAGCCCAGCUGUGCUACCUGAGGCCCUGGAGUUGUGUGGAGGUGUUUGCCAGUUCCUACAUCAUGCUAGUGUUUGCAACACGCACCUUCUCCAACACGCUGGAGCUCAUCCUGAUGUCGCUGUUGCUGUGGCGGGUGUGUGAGUCCAUGGUAGACAGUACCAAGAUCAUCCGCAAGGAGAACAUCCUGCAGGACCUAUAUGAGAACGCUGACACUGUGCAGGACAAGGUGAAGCUGGUCAGGAUGAAGACCAAACUCCCGCCCUACAACUUCGUGGACAGUGCUGUCAUCUCAGUGGUGGUGACGUAUGGGACCUUCGUGCGGCCGACCUUUGUGGUGUUCUCCUUUGUGCCCGUGGCAUACUGGCUGCAGCGUGGGGUGGUCACAAGGGAGGUGAGCUUCUCUUACUUCAACCUGCGGUUCCUGAGUCUCCUGCCAGGGGCAGUGGCCACCUUCCUGACGUGUGUGCUGGCAGACUCCUUCUACUAUGGCGCCCUCACCACUACAGAGCUGCUCUUCUGGAACGUGACAGCUCACUCCUUUGUGGUGACGCCCGUCAACUUUGUGCUUUACAACACUCAUGGGGACAACCUUGCAGUGCAUGGCCUGCACCCAAACUACCUGCACCUGCUGGUGAAUGUGCCCAUGCUGCAUGGUGUGCUGGGCCUGCUGGGCUUGUGGUCCGUGUCCAAGUACCUGGUGGCCUUCACCACCGGCUCCAUGACCAAGAAGCCCAAGGUGUUCAGCCUGGCCACCAUGCUGCUGGCCUCCUUCAUUGUGCCGGUGCUGCUGCUGUCGCUGGUGCCACACCAGGAGGCACGCUUCCUGCUGCCCACGCUGUUGCCACUGGUGCUGCUGCACUCGGAUGACGUGCUCAUCCUGACAGGACGCCGCAUCAAGAUGACCAAGCACUUCUUCUUCCUGUCGUGGCAUGUGUGGAACAUCCUGUGUGUGGCAUUCUUUGGCUUCCUGCACCAGGGUGGUGUCACCAAGACCCUCAUGCAGGUUCACCAGCAUGCACUGCAGCGCCCACCACACACCAAUUCCCAUGUGCUGUUCUCUGCCAUGUACACACCACCCACCUUCCUGCUGGUGCGGCGCCUCACUGUCACUGCCCAGGCAGAGGAUGGCCGCCACUACCGCAUCGAGAAGUCACUGUUCACCUAUGACACAGGAGGAGCGCGGGAGCCGGAGGACCUGCACCGUCUGGCAGCCAGGGUGCACCACCAGGCCCGGCAGAACUCCACCAGGGACGUGGAGGUGCUCAUCUGCCUGCCAGCCAGCCUCUCUGAGGGACUGUUCCUCGCUGCACCGGAAAAUGUGACUCUGCAGCGGCUGCAGCGUGUGCGGGGCCACCUCACGCUGGAGGACCCCCCAGACCUCAGCCUGGAAGGGGUGGCCCUGACCAGCAGCUGUGGCAAGGUGUGUCAGCUUGUGCGGCACCUUGACCAGUUCAGCAUCGACAUCAUCAGUGUCAACUUUGGCCAGAAGGACACACCUCAGAGUCCAGCGCCUCUCCCCAGCCAGACCUCCAGUGUGGUUACCCAGGACUCAUUGCCUGAGGCUGCAUUGCAUAACCUGACUGAAGAUGAGGAGGAGGAGGAAGAGGAUCAGCAAGAAGAUCAAAACCUCUAGUAGAUGGUGUUGCCUCGGCACGAGGGACACAGAGCGGCUGUGUGGUGUUCCUCCUGGACGGGUCACUCAGUGUGCUGUCUGCUUCAAGGCCACACCACACAUGAGGUGCAUCAGAGUUAGUGAUACACAUCGUACUAAUUGUACGUCUCAAAGUGAUGUGGGCAGCAGUUCACAGACACUUGUGUUGAUGCAUGUUUUGAGCUAGCAAGAAGUGCUUGACAGAAAUAUUUAGCAAUGAUGUGAGGCAAACAGUUGAGAGAUUAAGAAGAUGGAAUACUAGUUGCAGAAAGUGUUCAUUUGCCUAUGCUCUGUAUUAUGUAAACAAACAUUCCGAUUCAGUGGUUAUUUUGUGUAUUCUUUCAUGCACAUUCACACUUUCUAUACAUACACUUAUGUCUAAAGUUGUAUAGCUACUUAUGAUGAGCCUCAAAGUAUUUUUUUCCAUGUUACCACUUUUUUUUCUUGUUACCAAUUCAGUGGUAGAAUUUACCUUAUAGAUUUUUUUUAUUCAUAUACGUUCACACUUUACAUACAUACACUGCUGUCAAAAGUUGUAUGUAACUACUUAUCAUGAGCUUCAAAGUACUUUUUUCCCACGUCACCAACUUAAACACAUUCGCAUGUCAGUGACUCUUUACCUUGCCACACUCCACUGCUUGGGACAGAGGCAUGAGUGUUGUGUCUGUGUCAGAGACAUGCACUGAGAGAGGAGAGCAUCUUCCCCCUGUGUUGAGAUGAUGUGCUGUUGUGGAUCCAUUCUGUACAGCCUCCUUGUCUUUCCCUCUAUUGAAUGAGUGUGUCCUACAGUGGAGUAAUCUCUCUAACCCACUGUGGUGAAGUGCUGUAGUGUUACUCUUAUUGUGUAUGUACAGUCCCCUCCACUUCCACGUUCAUUACUUAGCAUUGGCAGUGUGUGAACCGCCUGCUGUGCAUUGCCUUGCCUGAUUUGACUUGCAUCCAAGACAUCCCAGUAUGAAUGGCAGAAAGAGGAGGAUGGAGGAAUUGGCAGGAUUUGUUUUGGAUAUGAGUUGAAUCAGGCAGGUGAUUCAAACUCUGGCAAUGCUGAGUGGUGAGUGUGAAAGUGUAGGGGACUAUACUACCUCAUUUAUUCACUUAUAAUCAGAAGUCUAAUAAGUCAGUGAGCAUUUGAUUUUUGAUGAUGAAGGAAUAGUUAUGUAAGCCUCAUACAGUAACAGUGACUCUUAUUUUGAACUCAUAUUUCUAAGUUUAUGACUGUUAGAAAAUUGGAGUUUUUAACCAGUGUGUGUAGCAGGACCCACAAAACACAAUAGUCUGUGUCCGGAGCUUUGUCUUGCACUGUCAUCUCAUUACUCCUGCAGAUUCUCAGUAAUACUUCCUUAUAUUCAGGAAACACCCAUCCACUCAUACGUGAAUUGCUAUAGUGCUGGAAACUGACAGAUGCAAGGAUGAUUUUAGAUUCUUUUAUAUAAAUGCACAUUAUUCUCAGUAAUAAAUCACAAUAUUAGUUAAUUCAGGAAAAAGCUCUCCUCAUAUACAAACAUUGGUGAAAGGUGACAUGCAGGAGUGACUGUUUAGAGUCUUUUACACAGCUGUACAUGAUUCUCAGUAAUACUUCUUAAUAUUAGUUCAUUCAGGAAGGAAAUCUCCCUUAAGACAAGCAUUGUUACAUUGCUGAAAACUGACAGACCCGUUAGUAAAAAGUACUGACAUUUUUACAUUAUCCUUUAUGAUACUUAUCAAUAUUAGUUUUAUUCUAUAUAUCACACACAUUCACAUAUUAGUUAAUUUUGGAAAUGCCUAUCAUCUCUUAUAUACACUGUUGUAUUGUUGAAAACUGACAGAUUCUUGAUUGAAGUACUGUAUGUUUUUUUUUGCACAGAACUGUCCCUCACAUGUACUGUUUACAUGCACCUCCAGUCUGAUACACAGUACACUGUUUGUCCACAUGGCCUCAGACACUCACUCACUCCCAUCUUUCCGUCAUGGGGUGUUAAAUUACAGACUUCAGAUAUACUAGUCAUAAAUCGCUCAAAGGGCUUUUAAUUUCUGCACAUCUUUGAAUAACCUGGAACUGUGUGUGUAUGUGUGUGUGUGUUUGUGUGUGUGUGUGUGUGUGUGUUCUUACCCAAUUGUUCUUAUCUAAUUGUAUUUUUACAGGACUGAGUCAAGCUUGUAAUGUCCCGUCUUUUAAAGUUAAUUUGUCACAUUCAUCUUUAAAGCUGUGAAUGCUUCUUACACACUCACAGCUACAUUACUCAGUGCAUUCCAUUGGCUGGUUGCUCUGUCAGGAAAGCUAGAUUUCCUCAGAUCUUUCUUUGCUCUUUUUUUUUUGUAUGAUUUCUUACUGUGUCCUUUUAGUGUGUGUGUAUGUGUGUUCUAGAUACUUGCGUCCAGUAGUGAGCUGCCUUCAGUGUUCGGCAAACCAGUAAUCUAGUCAGUAUUAUGCAGUUAGUUUAAGAGUUCAACACUAGCUUAUGUUUCCUUCCUUCUGGGUGAUAGAAGACAGGCACCCAAGCAGCUCAUUGGUGGUCAUUAUUAGAUUAUUAGUAUUAAAAUUUGUUUGUGUGUGAGAGCGAGAGAGAGAGAGAGAGAGAGAAUAUUUGACUAAUGAUGUCAUAAGUAAUAUUAUUUAGUCUUUCAUUUCAAUUAUGUGUGUUCACUUGACUGAUAAAGUGGUUCUUUUGUAAAUUUUUAUUCAAGAUGCACAAAUCCAAAUGAUGUCGCAAUAUGUGUUAAUUAUUGUAAGUUGUAUGUAGUUUUUGUGAGAAGGUUGAGAGAAAGAUGCAUUGCAGCUGAUUUGGUAUCAUGCUCUGCUGUUUUAAAUAUUUGACAGUGCUGUGUAUGUAUGUACUAGUCCAUUGAUAUGAAAACUCACCUCUUUUGAAUUACAAUAAAAAAGAAAGAUAAAA